CCUUCUCUCGUUUCUAAACUCUUUCUCCUCUCUCUUUUAUAAGCUUGCGUUGGCCAGUCGCUCAUCUCAAACACAAAGACAAGAAUAUUAAACACACAGAAGAAGAAGAGGAAGAAGAAGAAGAAGAAGAGAAAGGACGAAAGAAACUGAGGAGAGAUAGAUAUGAAGUCUCAUAUGGUUUGGUUUCUGUUUCUUGUGUCCUUCUUGUCUGUGUUCCCAGCUCCAUCGGAGAGCAUGGUUCGCCAUUACAAAUUUAACGUUGUGAUGAAAAACAUUACUAGACUAUGCUCAAGCAAGCCAACCGUGACCGUGAACGGUAGAUAUCCAGGUCCCACAAUCUACGCACGAGAAGACGACACGUUGCUCAUCAAAGUCGUUAAUCACGUCAAGUACAACGUCUCCAUCCACUGGCACGGUGUGAGACAAGUGAGAACGGGGUGGGCCGAUGGGCCAGCUUACAUCACCCAGUGCCCACUCCAGCCAGGUCAAGUCUACACAUACAACUACACCUUGACCGGCCAACGCGGGACUCUCUGGUGGCACGCUCACAUCCUCUGGCUUCGAGCCACGGUUCACGGCGCAAUUGUUAUCCUCCCCAAACGUGGUGUUCCCUAUCCGUUCCCCAAACCCGACCACGAGAAAGUUAUCGUUCUAGCUGAAUGGUGGAAAUCAGAUACUGAAAACGUUAUUAACGAGGCGCUUAAGUCUGGAUUAGCCUCUAAUGUCUCUGACGCUCACAUGAUCAACGGACACUCUGGCCCCGUAAAUAAUUGUCCAUCUCAGGGUUACAAACUGUCAGUAACAAAUGGCAAAACCUAUCUGCUACGACUAGUCAAUGCUGCACUUAAUGAAGAGCUCUUUUUUAAAGUCGCUGGCCAUCUUUUCACGGUGGUGGAAGUCGACGCCGUCUACGUCAAACCGUUCAAGACCGACACCAUCCUUAUAGCACCCGGUCAAACCACCAACGUCCUCCUAACCACCUCAAAAUCUGCCGGCAAAUACCUUGUAACAGCUUCUCCCUUCAUGGACUCCCCCAUCGCGGUGGACAAUGUUACCGCCACCGCCACUGUUCAUUACUCCGGAACACUAUCCUCCUCCCCAACAACACUCACUCUCCCUCCGCCGCAAAACGCUACUACCAUCGCCAACAACUUUACAAACUCUCUUCGUAGUCUCAACUCUAAGAAGUACCCUGCCUUAGUCCCGACCACCAUCGACCACCACCUCUUUUUCACCGUCGGCCUCGGAUUAAACCCGUGUCCCACUUGUAAGGCUGGAAACGGAAGCCGUGUGGUGGCCAGCAUCAACAAUGUAACAUUCACUAUGCCCAAAACCGCUUUGCUUCCAGCUCAUUACUUUAACAUUAGCGGCGUUUUCACGACGGAUUUUCCCAAGAACCCACCGCAUGUUUUCAACUACAGCGGAGGAUCAGUCACGAACAUGGCCACGGAAACAGGGACGAGGCUUUACAAGCUACCUUACAACGCCACGGUGCAGCUUGUUCUCCAGGAUACCGGCGUCAUAGCCCCAGAGAACCAUCCUAUUCAUCUACAUGGCUUUAACUUCUUUGAAGUUGGUCGUGGAUUAGGUAACUUCAACGCCAAGAAAGAUCCAAGCAACUUCAAUUUGGUCGAUCCUGUUGAGAGGAACACAAUCGGAGUUCCAUCUGGUGGAUGGGUUGUCAUCAGAUUCAGAGCGGAUAAUCCCGGGGUUUGGUUCAUGCAUUGUCACUUGGAGGUACACACGACGUGGGGAUUAAAGAUGGCUUUCUUGGUGGAGAACGGCAAAGGACCAAAUCAGUCGAUUUUGCCACCGCCUAAGGAUCUUCCCAAGUGUUAGAUUCUUCAACUAAACAAGGGCACGUUUAAGAAGACCAGCGAGUGGUGAAUUAAUGCGUGGAUUUGGUUAGCAAAUUAUAUUUUUUGAGCAAAGUUAAAGGUUCGAUUUUUUUGCUCAAGCAAAUUUGAAUAAAAGAGGAAGGAAAAGAAAUUGUAUUAUAACAAUAUUAUUUUUUAAUCAUUAUAUCCAAAAUCCAUUUAUAUAUUA